CUCUACAAGCUCCCUGAUGGCCCUGACAAGAAGACCAAGCUGUUACGGGCAGCAUAUGACCUCCAGUCGUUUGGCUUCUUUCAGCGGAGUAGUGUUCAAGAGUUCAUGGCAUUCACUGGAAAGACAAUAGUCGAGAGGACUGAGGUGGCUACUCGUACUUCAGUGAAGGAGCAGGGCGGGCACCUCCCUGAUGGCCCUGACAAGAAGACCAAGCUGUUACGGGCAGCAUAUGACCUCCAGUCGUUUGGCUUCUUUCAGCGGAGUAGUGUUCAAGAGUUCAUGGCAUUCACUGGAAAGACAAUAGUCGAGAGGACUGAGGUGGCUACUCGUACUUCAGUGAAGGAGCAGGGCGGGCACGUGUGUCAUGCUUAUGUGCGUGGUGACCGUCUGGCUGGAGUGGUCAUAUCAGAUGAUGAAUACCCACAACGAGUGGCACACACCCUCAUCAUGAAGGUGUUAGAUGACUUUGCAACCCAGGUGAAUCCGUCUAUGUGGCCGACGGGGGAUCCGACCACGGUGAAUUUCCCUGGCCUGGAGGUGACUCUGGCACGAUACCAGAACCCAAAGGAGGCAGAUGCCAUGUCCAAGAUCCAGUCAGAACUGGAUGAAACCAAGAUUAUUCUGCACAAUACUCUAGAGGCAGUACUGCAGCGUGGGGAGAAGCUAGAUGAUCUGGUUGCCAGGUCUGAGGGCCUGUCUGUGCAGAGCAAGAUGUUUUUUAAGACAGCUCGAAAGACCAACCAAUGCUGCACGUAUUUU